CGGACGGUUGCAGUCGUCGUCUCGUCUCGUCUCAUCGUUUUUCCACCUUUUCUUUCACCCCCCAACCAUCGAUCUCUUCAUCUAUAACGCCUGCUGUUGUUAUUCCACGCCGGCCAUCCCCCCUCUCUCUCUAACGUGAACAAUAUCCCCCCAACACCUUUACACAACAAAACAGAAAUAAAUUUCAUGUGAAAACGGUUCGACAUUAUUUUUUUGGCGGGGUUGUGUGUCGAGUGUCGCCAAGUGAUUGGCGUUUGUGCGCUACUGUUUUCUCUGUGUGUGUGUUUGGUGACAGCGGGAAAACGCCCUGGUGGUCGCUCCCGAUUGAUCGCUGCACAGCUCACGCUCAACUCACUCUGUGACAGCAGACGCCAGUUGACGGUUGUUGUACUUGUCGGCCAGUGCUGCCCGUGAUUAUAGUUUCGCCACGCCAAAAGUCUCGACAGCUCUGCCGAUCUCACGACACAACAUUUGGCUGUUCUGCCCGGGUUCUAUCGAAACCUAAAAAGGGAUUACAACUCGAUCGGGUCAACGAACACCUUGACAAAGGUAAUGCUGUGCCAAGGUAGUAGCAGUCGUCAGAAUCCUGCCGGUCCGGGAUUAUGGCGCCGGUAGAAGACGUGGUACCAGUAUGGCUCGGGUCCGAAGGCGUAUCGCAUUCGGUCUUACCCGAUGUUGCCACGAUUUCACGCCCGCAUGCUGCUCUUGCCGUCAAUUCAAUGAAACAAACAAGCAGGAAUCGGGCGCCGGUGAAGUCCAAGAUGGCAGGUCGAUCUACCUCUCGUCUGACGCUUGCAGCAGCUACCAGCGCAAAAAUAAGUCCGGAAGGCUGCGGCGGCAUCGAUUUAUCUCAUCCUUUUUAUCAAAAUCCACUGACGGUGGUUGCCAGCAAUCGCUAGAGCAGCAGCCUGCACUACGACCCACGAUCUCUCAACGCUCCCACCUUAUGCCCAUCAUUUCGUCCCACCACACUGUUGUCUUCAUUGUCGUCACUCUCCUCCACUCGCUAUUCACCUCAGGAUUAAGUAACCCACAGGACGCUGAACAUCUGACGGCAAUGGUAGGCGACUCGAUCGUCUUCAACUGCCACAUCGAGUUUCCAGAAGCCCAUCCAGUUCCUUACGUCAUUCAGUGGGAGAAAAAGGGAGUGGAGAUACCUAUUUUUAUUUGGUACGAAAACUAUUUGCAUACGGGCGAAGGAUACGAAGGCCGAGUGUCUCGCAUAGCACAACAAGGCUCCCUCGAAGGCUCAUCUCAUUACGGCCUAGCUUCGCUCAACCUGACACGGAUUCGUGAGUCCGAUCAAGGCUGGUAUUCGUGUUUGGUCAACUUUCUCAACCGAUCGCCACGACAAGACAAGAAUGGCACUCUCUUCCAUCUUAACGUUCAUGCUCCACCAAGAUUUACGAUGACUCCCGAAGACGUAGUCUACGUCAGCCUUGGAGAUCCUAUUAUUCUGAGUUGCCUGGCAGAAGGAACACCCAUCCCUGAGAUCCUGUGGUAUCGCGACAACGAGUUAGUUCACACCUCCCCCUCUCUGGCCGUGGCUAACGAUGGCACUGAGCUGCGGAUUUCCAGCAUACGCCAGGAAGAUAUUGGCGACUACACGUGUGCAGCCAAGAAUGGCCAAGGAAGUGUCCGACAUACCACAAAACUCGUCGUUGCUGGAGGAGCAGUAAUAAUCGUUCCGCCAUUGAACGUCACCAGACUGGAGGGUGACAAGUUGGAGAUGCCAUGUGAGGCACGGGGCCUUCCUGGCAACUUUAGCGUUACCUGGUACCGUGAAAAUCAUGCUGUGCGCUCGAUCCCGUGGCUCGAGUCCCGCACUUUACUUAAAAGAGAUGGUACUCUGGUUAUCAGUCCCGUUCACUCGGACGACAGAGGGCUCUAUUCAUGCGAAGUCACCAACGGAAUCGGCGAACCCCAGAGAGCGUCGGCCUACAUAGAGGUUGAAUAUCCUGCUCGAGUGACGUUCACUCCAACGGUUCAGUAUCUUCCAUUGCGACUGUCGGGCGUAGUACGAUGUCACGUCGAAGCCCAUCCACCAUUUCAAUUCAUCACGUGGACUAAGGACAAACGAAUAUUCGAUCCUUUUGAAACGCCCAACGUCGGUGUCCUGAAAAACGGCUCGUUACUUUUUGAAAAGGUGUCGCAAGAAAACCAAGGUCGUUAUACAUGCACGCCGUACAACGUCCAUGGAACUGCGGGCUCGUCAGCUGUUAUGGAAGUUCUUGUCCGAGAGCCGCCUACGUUCGUGACUCGACCCAAACCUAUAUACCAGCACAAGAUUGACGACGACAUUCAGAUGAUGUGCGAGGCUCAAGGAACUCCCAGUCCCCGCGUCACUUGGAGAAGGAUGGACGGACGGCCUCUGCCUCGUGACCGUUCCCGGGAGGAACUUGGCGUAUUGACGCUGAGCAAGCUCCGUCGGACGGAUUUCGGCUACUACGAAUGUCACGUCUCUAACGAAGUGGCUACACUGGUCGCCACUGCUCAUCUGGUCAUCGAAGGAACGACGCCUCAUGCUCCUUACAAUAUUACCACCGAGUCAAGUGAAUUCUCGGUCAGCCUCGAGUGGCUUCCGGGCUAUAGUGGUGGAUCUGAUUACUCACAAAACUACGUCAUUUGGUACCGACAAGAGGGAGCAACGCAGUGGAUUCCUGUCGACGUCGAUCCACCAACCAAUACAAAGACGGUAAUACACAACCUGCAGCCGGGAACUUCCUAUGAGUUCCAGGUCAUUGGCAAGAAUGUUUUAGGAGAUGGAAUGUUCAGCAAUAUCAUCAAGGAACGCACCAAAGGGCAAAGACCACCUGAUCCACCUCCUCCUGGUCCUAGUCGAGCGACCACGUCACCGGCUCCGUCGAAUAGCGGAGAUAAUGACGAAUUACGGAAGUACAAUGUAAUCGUUUACCCGACUGACGCUCGUGGUUCCACCUACAUUCCUGCUUUAUUUCGCCCAACAGGGCCACCCCCAAUAGCGCCAGAGAAUGUAACCAUCACCGAAACUUCCGAUGGAAUUAUACUCUCCUGGAGCUAUCCCCGUCGUGGAAAUAUAGCCAUUGCCUAUUUUACAGUGGAUUAUUGCUACGACGAUCAAUGGAGGCGGCUGAGUAAAUCAGAGCUGAAGUCCACAGAGAAUAACUUUCAAGUAAAAAAUCUGAGUCCUGGAAAGACGUAUAUGUUCAGGAUUAACUCACAUACGUUGACAAGUCAGGCCUCAAGCGAAAAGGUCUCGUACAUCAUCCAGCGCAAGAUCAAAGACAAAGCUAUCACUGCAGGAAUCGUUGGAGGAAUACUUUUUUUCAUUGUAGCCAUCAUUUUGGCUGUUUGCACAGUAAAGUGUGUCAAUAAGCGGAACAAGAGACGCAGGCGUGAACAGGAAAAUGCUUACAGCAUGGUGGCCUGUCAGAUGUCAGCAGAUACUCGAAACGGCUGUCAAACGGGCCCUGCCAAGUCAGUGCCUUCCAGAAAGCUCUCGUCCGAGCUCUCUUCCUCCGAGGCAAGCAUCUUAGCGACUACUAUAGCUAGUCUGAUGCUCAACCGUAAUAGCGUAGCGAGUCAUCAGGAUGGAUUGGCCGACUGCCCUCUAUAACGCGAUUGUCACACUUGAAGCGAGGAGCAGCUUCUAUCCGCCACGUUCUAUACAUUUGUCCAAUUGAGCUGCCGGAGCAAGAUCACGAAACGGGAAGAACGUCGGUAGCAACGAGAACAGGAAACUUACCGCUUGGAACAGGAACGACUACCACUGAUGCUGACGACUGGCUUGAGUACGGCGCGGCUGAGUUGCAAACGCGAAGCACUAGACGACGAUUGGAGGCUCGAUACAACGUCCAGGCCGAAUUUCUCCAACCAGCUGGAUGGAUUUCUCGAACACCAGAGGGCAAGUUCGUGGUUGCCGAUGAAGGUGCUCGGCAGAUCCAUCCAACUUACGGCUCCUAUUCACCAGCUAUAAGUCCCGUUGUCGAAAGUGGAGUUUACCGAAUAGGUGGCGACCGACUUAUCUGGCCACGACCGAAGCCAAUUUUACGCAGGGAACUAAGCCCUGUACCACCUACUAGUGGUAUAUUGCCGGCUAUGAUAUCUCCACCGACUAAUUAUCCGUUAGCCAUGUCAUCCCAUCCAACAGUAACUUCUCCCCAAUUCGGCCGACACGCAAUCCCGUCGCAGCCGUCAUCUCCUCAUCAUUUGAUACCUGGCAGUCGCCAAGAAGCGAUUAGAUCUAGUUCACCAGGUCCGGGACUCCUACUAUCCCCCUCUUUAGCAAACUUUAGCGACAUGAGUUCGGUUCGUCAUCCUAGCUCAGCAGAACGAUCUUUGCAUACCACAUUCUCGUCUCGCCUUUCCUCUUUUCAAAAGCAACAGACACCAGACUUACCUCCGCGUCAAAACAGGCUCAACCGUUUUUUCCCAUCUGCUGUCGCUCUCUCCUCCUCCGUAACGCCAAAUAAUAACUACAUCCACGAGCUUCCUGCCCUUCUACCGAUUCAUCAGCAGCUGAUUGUCCAGCAGUCACCCAGACGACAAGUCUCACCUCCACUAGAGACGAUGCGUACUGUUCGCGCCGAAGUCCAUUCGACUGAGACACCUCGCAGUGGGUCAAAGCAACGUGUUCAAAACGAGUUCGGCUUGCUCCUGAAUACCGCCGGAAGGCAUUUUCACGCUCCACCUCCUUUUCGACCGCCACCGCCACCGGUUUAUCAUCAACUUCCGUAUACAAUUUCAUAUCCGUCAUCGUUACAGCGGCCACUGGCAACAAGUUCGCCACCACGAAGUCGUCAUUUCCCUGAAGGUGCUGGUCCCUUUCCCACAGGAAACUAUCCUCGACGUACCGCCGAUCUUCUUGGUUCACCCAGGCGACGUUCACCGCUAACAAUAGCAGUUCGACUGAGUCCAUCUCGGACGCAGCAGCGAAUGAGUGAACGAAGCCGUAGUCAAAUAGUUGAGUACUCUCCCCAAAGCCAAUCGAGUUCGAGCGGAUUCGAUAGUAAAAACACAUCGCAACAAAAUCAGAGUUCACAGUCUGGAUCCGGACAAUCACAGCUCAUGGCUACUAACUUCUCUUCUUCCACGCUAUGGGGAACGUCUCCACCGAGCCAAAUAACUUCAGGCGAAUCUACUUACGUCAACUGGCCCGUCAAAGCACUGGCCACGCCUUCUCUAUCUCUGCUGGAUGCGAGUGUCGAUAACCACUACGAAUUCGACACGACGCAAAGUCCAAACGAGACGGGGCUACAGGAUUCUACGCUUCAUACGGCUACUUUCAUUCCACCCACGACAACUAGAGCUGUUGAUCUAUCCACAGAUUCCUCUGGACCUGGACCAGGACGCCAUAGAAAGGUUGGGCCAAUACCGGCACGGUCGGAAAACAUUGAAGCUAGGGUUCAAGCCAUGAAGGAAGAAUUUCAAGAAUAUCGGAAACGAAGGGCUCGCGGACUACUCGAAAGUGCGUGUUAACUUGUGGUUCUUAAAUAAUGACUGAAAUUAGUGCUAGUUUUUUUUUAAACAUUGAAUGCCAGAGACAGGAAAGAAAACGAAUACUCAUUACUUUCAAAUUACGCUUCAUUCCGCGAUCGCUGCAUUCCGCAUCCUAUUCCUCCCAAGUCUCAAUUCGUUAGCUAUUUGAUUAUGAACGUAUACGUUGUGUGAAUGAUAGCGUAAAUGUGUGCAUGCGACUUGUCGUGGUGAGUGUGCUAAAUGCACUAUUUAUCGUGAAGAGAUUGAUUCAGCAGAUAAGAAAAAACAUGUAUGAACUAAAUGAAUGAAUGUCAUCGAGUAGAUUUCCCACUGCCAGUUGCUACUGUAAUUAAAUUCCAGAGAAAAUUCAUUCUUGUUCAAAUUCAUCUAUUAUCUGAGUCUUGAUUAUUCAACUUCAUGCGUAGACAAUUAGAGACAGCAACAUUCCCAUGGAAGAUAGAAACUCUGUGGUAAAAUUCGUAAACAUGACUCGCUCACUCCUACGAUUCAUUGCUUGCUCCUUCGAUUUAGCGCACUUUCUCAUUGGAUUCUCUUAUCAAACUGUAAAUCCAAUAGACAUUUGUCAACCUCGUCUUUGAUUAUGUAUAUGCGUGCAAAAAUGCGACUCAGAAAUAAUCUUGUAUGGUGUACUAAACAUGGAAUCAUGAUGUGCGAGUGUCAUCCUAGAUUAAGAAUAUUUCGUUUCAUGCCAGAAUCCUGUUUCUUUAUUAAAAACAGAAACCCAAAUGAAUGGUUCUGUAAUGUUUGUCUUACUUGGUUUCUUCCAGUACAAAUUGGAGGCUUGUCUCACCCUUCA